AUGAGUACUAGCAUUCUAGAGUUCAUACUUGAAAAUGGCAACGCCAUUCCACUUCUUGGAUUCGGCACAGCUGAACAUCCCUUUGGCAGCUCCUCGGGAACCAUGAAAGAAACUUUCCUCCAUGCAAUCAAACUCGGUUAUCGGCACUUUGAUUCGGCUGCUAUUUACCAGUCCGAGCAGCUCCUCGGGGAAGCCAUACAUGAUGCUCUAAACCUUGGGUUAAUCAAAUCCAGGGACGAACUCUUCAUCACUUCCAAGCUCUGGUGCAGUGACGGGCACCACGAUCGUGUCCUCCCUGCAGUGCAGAAAACUCUCAGCAAUCUGAAGUUGGAGUACGUUGAUCUGUAUCUGAUUCACAUACCGGUAAGCUUGAAGCCAGGGGAGAUUGGAUUAUCCUUUAAGAAAGAGGACAUCCUUCUGAUGGAUAUAAAGUCUGUAUGGGAAGCUAUGGAGAACUGUCAAAAGCUGGGUCUGGCCAAAUCAAUUGGUGUAAGCAACUUUACCAGGAAAAAGCUUGAAACCCUCCUUUCCACAGCAAAGAUCCAUCCAGCCGUCAACCAAGUGGAGAUGAACCCGUAUUGGCAACAGAAGCAGUUGAGAGAGUUUUGUGAGAAAAAGGGUAUACAUAUCACUGCCUACUCUCCCUUGGGAGCCAAAGGAACAUUUUGGGGUUCAAACUGGAUAAUGGAAUGUGAGGUUCUAAAAGAGAUUGCCAGCGCUAAAGGAAGAACUAUUGCACAGAUUUCAUUAAGAUGGGUAUAUGAGCAAGGUGUUAGUGUUGUUGUGAAAAGCUUCAACAAAGAGAGGAUGAAAGAAAACCUAGACAUAUUUAAUUGGAACCUGAGCUUGGAGGAGUUACAGAAGAUAAGCCUAAUUCCACAGCGCAAAGGAUAUUCUAUAACUGAAUUCAUCUUUGAUGAAGGUCCAUAUAAGUCUCUUUUGGAUUUUUGGGAUGGAGAGAUUUAGCUCUGUUAGGA